AUGAAUCAAGAUGUUUGGACCACAGUUAUUCAAUUUUUGCAUCCUAUUGAUGUGCUUGCUUCACUAGUGGGAACUAACCAAGCAAUUUAUCAAGUGGUGGGAAAAUGUUGGGUUUAUGUGGAUGAAAUUUUAAGGUGUGAUGAAAAUUUGUUGGGAUGUAAAAUUUCAAUUUCUUCUUCCAAUGGAAAUAUUGAAGAUGAAUCGGACAAAAUUUCGUUGAUUGGAAAUUCAAAGUAUUUCAUUCGAAUGUAUUUAUUACAAUUGGCAUUUAGAUUGGGUAAUAUUAAUCCAUCAGAACAAAAAGAUUCAAAAAACGUUGAGCACGUAUUAGAAAGUCAAUUUAAUUUAUUGGAUUUUUAUCGAUCUAGAUUUCGUCCUUCUUAUGAGAAACCCAAGCUCAUAAAUUCCAACAACAACACCAUCAAGUACAUGCUUGUAGGUGAUGCUUUUGUUGGAAAGAAAACCUUUUCAAAGACAAUGAACAAUGGACACUUUGACAAUUAUUCUCACUCAAUGGUUGAUUUUAUUGUCAAGGCGUUUGCUCCUCUUAGAGGUGAGGAAGCGUUUAAACAUCAAAUAUGGGAUACUGCUCGACAGGAAAGAUACCUUUCGACUGGAGUUGUAAAGCAAUUGGGAAGGCUUUCAUGGUUGAAUUUUCUUAUCUGUUUUGCAAUGAAUCGAAAGGAAACACUUGAUGAUUUGGAUAAAUGGUUUGAGGCAGUUAAAGAGGUUCUAAAACAACCACAUCUGGGCAUUAUUCUUGGCUUGUACUCAAAUGUUCAAGUUACUGAGAUGGUCAACCCAAAGGAGGCUGUGAAAAAGGCAUUUGGAUUCCGGCAAUCAAUCUUCGUACAGGCUAAUUCAAAGGAUAUGAAGAAUGUGUUUACUCCAUUUUGGUUCGUUCAAUUGCAAUUUACCUAUUUCCAACAAUUGAAAGAUUGGACACUAAUUCAAGAACCAUCACCACAGAAAACUGAAAAUAAUUCUUGGAAUUGUACUGUGCUGUAA